AUGCUAUAUGCAGCUCCUUUGAGUGCUGCAUUUGCCACACGCGCCCAACUCCUGGCGCCUUCUUCGCGUCGUGCCUUUUCCGUGUUUAGUGGUAAAAACAACGAUUCUGCGCGUGCAGCAGUCAUGGAGAAGCUGGAUGAGCCAAGUGCAUCUGUAGCGCAGCAUUUCGACCUUGCGAGCAACGUCAACCCAAUCCAUACCCUGGAAGAGCGCUUCGCAAAUGCAAACGAUACGACCAGUUCUUUCGUGCACUCUGAAGAGCAAGCCCUCAAUGCCGCCUCGGAGCAUGCGACUACGCAGUUAAAAGAACUUGGUUUGGGCGGCUGGUCGCCUUCUGGCAUGCUGCAACACCUUUUGGAUACGACGCAGUUCUACACAGGACUCCCUUGGUGGGGCACGAUCGUGCUGGUGACGUGCGCCAUUCGUCUUUCGAUUGCGCCGCUGCUCGUGUACGUUCAAGGCAACUCGAUCCGCCUUUCGAAUGUCCAGCCGCAGAUGCAGGCAAUGAUUGCGGAUAUGGAGUAUGCCAAGUCUACCGGCAAUCAGCAGGAAAUGCAGCUUGCCGCGAUGAAAGUGCGCAAGCUGCUUGCGGACAACAAUGCGUCGCCGUUCCGUUCGCUGCUCCUACCUGUGGUGCAAAUGCCCAUCUUUCUGUCGUUCUACUUUGCGAUUGAUGGGCUCGCCAAAGCCAAGCUCCCCGCACUGACCACUGGCGGCCUGCCGUGGGUGCCUGACCUAACCGUUGCCGACCCGUACUAUGUGCUCCCCGUCGCCAGUGCCUUGAUGACUUUGCUAGUUUUGGAGACAGGUGCUGAGACGGGCACAACUGCGAUGAACCAGACGGCGCAGGCGCGCAUGGUAAAGAACAUUCUUCGCGGCGUCACCGUUGUCGCUGCGUGGUUCGUUUCCAGCUUCCCCGCAGCGCUGCUUGUGUACUGGACUACGACCAACACAUUUUCGCUGGUGCAAUUGCUCGCGCUUCGCACACGCGUCAUGAAGCGCCUCUUGAAGCUGCCGGAGAAAAUUGAGCACAAGACACAACCGCAUGUAAAGCAAAAAUCGUUUGUGGAAAACUUGCGCGCUACUGCAAGCAACAAAGCAGCGGCCCAAAAAGCGCCGACACCCGUUGCUCCGCGCCGCGGGGGCCAGAGCAUGUAUGGCGGUACGAAAAAUAUUGCGGACAACAUGAGUGCACAGCGCCAGAGCGCCCUGGACGCCAUGCUUUCCGAGGAUAGUACAUCGAAGGAGGCUACUGCCGCGCACGCUUCGCGCGAAACAGUCGCUGCGGAAAAGCAGGCGCGUGUCGCUGCAGCUCGCGAGCGCAGAAUGCGCGGCCGUGCUUAG